AUGCUGAAGAAAUUAAGCAAAACAGCUAAGUGGGGGAGGAAUUUGGAGUUGGAAACAAUCUCUGAACACUACUUUGCCCUGGGGCGCCCCAUUGUGAUCUAUCUCAGGUUCCAUGAUGGGAAGAGCAGGAGAACAGAUUUUGGUGAUGUGUUGGGCAUGUAUCACGAUUUCUUAAGAGCCCAUUGGAAGUUUUUUUGAAAAACUGUUUUGUCAAUAAUGUUUGAGUUCAUGAAUGAAACACAUCCUGGAGUUCCAGAUCAUUGAUUAUGACGUUUGUUAAUGUCUUCUAGAAUGGCCUGUGACACAUUGAAAAUCGUUCAGAAAUGCAGAGCGGAAAUUGUUAUUGUACAGGUAACUUCUAAUUCUUGUAAAAGCGAACCAUUUGUGUCUGAACUUCUGACGGGUCCUCCCACUACUGUUUGCGAUCUCGAGCCUCACCAGAUUACAUACGUUCUUAUGAAUCUGUAUGUUGGGUUAGGGCAUAUGAUUCAAGCCGAAUCUGAUCCACAGAAGCGAGAUGAAUACUUGCAGAGUUGAUGGAUCUCCCCAAACCAGAAAUGGGCUGAAAUUAUAGGGCGAAACACGGCAAAGUUGUGAUUUUCUAAAAAAGAUCAAGAAGUGAUUCGGACUGUUCUCAAUAAUACUGCAGGGUGUUGAUCUUAUUCAAUUUGGCUUUCCUAUGAUCUAUCAAGGCAUUUGUUGAAAGAGAUUUGCUUUUGAAUUGCUC